CAAACAUUUGCCAAGUCCCCAUCGUGUAGUCACAGCCCUCCUUUUGGCCCCCCUCUUUAUUAUUGAAAGGGGCGGUCUGGAAAGAGUUUAAGCGGAUCCUGUCGGCGUUUGUGCGCGCGGGCGUGCGUGUGAAAGAGAGAGAGAGAGAAAGAGAGAGAGAGAGAGAGAGAGAGAGAGAGAGAGAGAGAGACUCUUGAUGCACAAGUGUUGUGACCGGGCUGAACCGUUAUUGUCACAGUGAGAGGAGCAAACACAAGCGCCAGAGCAACAUUUAAGCUUGAUUUAAGGGCGAAACACACACUCACUCACUCACUCAGCCGAAAUGGGAAAGGUGGAAGGAGGAAUGAAAUGCGUGAAAUACCUCCUCUUCGUGUUCAACUUCAUAUUCUGGGUAAGUGCGUGUUCGCUUUGUGCUUUUUUUGUGUGAUGCGAGCUGUGCGUAAAUUCUGAACAAGUGCAGCAGCAGUCCAGACUAGACUACUCAGUCCACACAGCUGACCUCCACACCCACGUGUUAGGCUAUUUAAAUAAAGAUGCGAGCAUUGUUUACAGUUUUCGCAUUCAUGCUGUUUUUCUAACUCUCGUGUGCUUUAUUUACCUACCGGCGUGGGUUUACUUACUGUGCGUGGCGCGGAAAGGGUGACAGCUAGAGGCUUUUUUUUUUUGUACUUACUCUUGGCUCACCGGGCUCAAAUCAGAUUUUCCACAGAGGAAAAAACCCGCCCCUUUAUCCAGAGGAAGCGUGUUUUUGAAAGGAAGACUGAAUGAAAAGACAGAGAGAGGGAGAAGGAUUGAGAGACAGAGAGGAAAACAAGCUCAACAGUUGCACCACAGAGUUUCAUUAACAAAUUCUGAUUGGCGAAAUAGUCCUUUAUGGCGCCUGAUCCAAAAACUGCUUCCUAGUUUAAGCUGUAGGACCCUCAGUCCAGAGAUAAACUGUCAGGUGGAUGUGAAAGGUGUGUUUCUGUGUGAGUCCUGUGCACAUAUGAGCUGCAUUUCCCUUCCAGACAUCUCUGUUUAUGCUUACUAUAUUCAUCCUCCCUUUAAUUUACAGUAUACUAGGUUGAUAACCUUUAUGUGUGUGUUUUGGUUUAUGUGUACCACAGCAUACUCCUUAAAGGGGAGGUUCCUUUGUGUAUAUGAGUGUGUGUGUGAGAGAGAGAGAGAGAGAUUUUCCAACAAGCAUCUGUGGAGUGGAUCAGGCGCUGAGUGCAGCGUGAAUGGAUCCUUUGUGACAGCAGGACAAUAGCAUAACUUCAGUCUACUGCUCCUGCUCCUGCUAAGCAGCAGAGCCCUGCAGGGUCCCCUGAAUGUAGCAGCAGCCCCACCAGACCCCCUCUAUUAAGCUGUCACAUCUCCAUUUAGCACGAACGAGUUUGUGGUUGAGAUCUUUCUGGAGUAUGAUGAGACAGAGGGUUGAAGAGAGACAUGAAAGACAGGUGGACAGAAGUGGACAACGAGUACUGGACAGAAAAGAGUGAAUGGUCAGUGAGAGAGAGAGGAGAGCAAAUGUGAUUGGAGGGAAAAGGGUCAUUGGGAGAUUGAGAGGGAUAUUUAUGUGCGUGGGAGUGUGCGUGUGUGAUCACAUGGCAAAAGAGGGACAGUUGGCAUGAACUCGACCCAGAUACAGAGAAAAUAGAUCAGUAUGCGGAUAGUAGGAUAUUUGUUGGAUGUGUUAAUCAGGACCACAGAAACGGCUGCUCCUCAUGUCUGAUGCCUCGAAGGUCUUUACAUUUCACUAACUCUGUCUCCAAUGACUAAGCGCCCCUCUUACCCUCCAAUUUUUAAUAACAGCCCUCUGGAGAGAGGAAUUUGCCCUCAAAUCCCCCUAUGAGUAAAGCAGAUGGGAUCUACAGGACAUGCUGACACACAUCAACAAAAAUGAGGUUGAUUUUUAACCUGAUGAUCAAGAGUGUAGCACACUUAUCUAACAAGCCUCACUGAACUUAACAUGAUCAUCAUUAUCUCGACUUUAUAUCACACAGUGAAGGCUAAAAACAAAGAAAGCCUGUAUCAGUAAAUCAAUAACUCCCUGUUUAAUCUAGUUUCGCUUGUGUUGUGAUCUCUGAAUGCUCUGUUCGGUCAAACAUUAAACCGUGUGGAGAGAAAAUUGAGUCAAAGUGAAGUGCUUGAAAGGUGAUGUACAAAGUAUCUGUUUAACAAACUGAAUGAGCUUUAUAUGUUCACUCAGAUUCAUCAGAUAAUAUGAAUAAUUGGACCCAUUUUAGGAGUGACAGACAAGAAAUUUGGUAGUAUUGUGAAUUUUAUGACAUAAAACCAUAUCUUUUUUUCUCUUUAUUUCGAAAAACAGAUUUUGUUGGAUUGUUGUCAGAUUUUCGGAAAAUCCCAGGACUCUUUCAUUGUAUCUGCGGAUCAGAUUUGCAACUUUAGCUAUCGCUACUUCUGCCUAUUUUAAAAUGUACUUUUAAUAUGAGCAAAGUUUUACUGCCUCCUUUAAAUCAUACUUUUCAUCAUCCUGCACAUCUCAUUUUAACUAUUUUAUUCAAGGGUAUUUGUCCUAAAUUAUGUUUCAUAAAUCUAAAUAAAUACUGAGUUUUUAGGGUGUCAUUUUAGUUGAGUACUUCAAUCAUGCUCCGACUGUAGGCUGUAAUCUUCAAAGUGAUCUUCAGCUCAUGCCCUUUACUCUAUCUUCUGUCCAGUCACUCAAAUAAAAGCAUUAAAAAGCCCCCAAAACAUCCUUUUACCAACAUGGGCAUCACCAUGCAGUACAAUCUGACAGUUAUUUAGAAAUUAUAUUGGUAAAGUGAUUCUGAAUUGGAUGUUGAACUUCAUGCUGCUGUAAAUUGGUGAAACGUAUUAGCUGAUUUGCCCCACAGGUAUGGGGACAAAAAAAUAAAAGAGAAAAGGAAGGAAGGGAGGGAUGGAGGGAGAGGAGAAGUGCCUAUAAAGAGUAAUCCUGCCCGUGAUAACUUAUAUAGAAUAACUCACAAAUGAUCCUAAUAAAAGUACCAAAGCAGAUCAGUUUGAAUAAUCUCAAGAAUAUUAGUGGAGAAACUUGUAAAUAAAGGCGUCCACCAGGGCAGCAUCCCAGAUCCCUUUAUUUUUGUGCAGAAUACAAGUGAUAUGUGUGGUUUUGAAUUACUUUAUGAUUAUGAAUAUGCUGCAUUAUUGAGUUUUUUUACAUUAGAUUGUGAGAAAACUAAAAGAUAUGUAACAGUUCAUUUCAAAACAGGUUUCUACUGUUUGCUUUUAGUAAAUUAAGUCCUUGGACGGUCUUCAUUGUUUGUACUGUUUUUGACUGAGAGACUUUUUUGAAACUUCUUAGUGCAAGUCUGUUGCAGGACAGCUUCAAUAAGGCCUGAGUAUCUGGAAAGGUGACUUGUAAAUGAUGUAUAUAAUAAAUGUAUUAUCUGUUUUUUUUUUAAGGAAUCCAACUCUAAAUCUAUUAACAACUGUAGUUCAGAGAGGACAUCUUUUGUUUUGCAGAUCUCUACUAACGUAUUUGGAUUUUAAAAUCAAAACAGGUUCAAAAUAUCCCGUCAUGAUUCAUCUGUGAAAACACACUUGUCUCUUCUGGAUGAUAUAUGCACCACCAGCUCCCCCACUUAACCCUGUGACGAGCACAAAAGGAUUUACUCCACCCAUGACUGUCUCCCUCCUAUUUACACUUUCUCUGUGCCCGUCACUUCUAAUGUGUGCUUGCAUCUGUUUUUCCAAACGUACACCAGACAGACGACUAUUUUUGAAAGCCUGAAUCAUGCACCAUUUACUGCUGAAUUUAAAGAAGUAAUUUAUAAUUGUUUUAUUUUGAUUUAAAUGAAGACUAUUUUUUUCCCUCAAAACGUGGAGAGUGGAUUAUGCCACAGACUGUCUCUGACCAUGACCACAGCUUUGUGUCAUCUCAGUCUCUCUCCUCAUGGAAAUUCCCCCUCACAAAAACACUUUUUAACUGCACUCUUAAAAGCACACUGUAAAAGAGCUUCCAAGAAGCUUUCAUGGAGAGAUUUCCAUCCUCAUGGAGAAAUAUCCAGACAUGCUAACUCUAGGAUGACAACAAGUGCAGUGGGGGUGGGUUAUUGUCACUUUUGUCUUUCUUUAGAGAAAUACAGGCAUACAUGUGGGAUUCUUUACUUUCCCUCCAGGCAAGAUGCAAGAGAUCCUCUUACAACUUCUUUCAUUCCCCCUUUGGUUGUCUCUGCCUCCUUCCCUUCUAUUGUGCACCACAGCGUAUAGUCACAGAGGGACACAGUGGGUCUUUGUCCUUUGGGUGAGGUUGGUGGGGAAGGGGGGUGUAAAACGAGGUGGGGUAAAGGAUGGGGGAAAACAUAGGGAUAAGUCGAGGGGGGCUUUUUGUGGGGUAGAGGGGCUCGGAGGAGGGGGUGUGUGUCUGCUGUGGGACGGGGUAAUGGUGGCAGAGGGAGGAAAAAAGAAGGAGGUAUGCACCCAGUGAGGUUUAUGCGACCUUUGGGUUCAUCAGGCUGAUGAGUGAUAGAGUGGAGGAUGAUCUUAAAACAGCCUCGUACUGAGGUGUCCUUCAACAUGAGCAUGAUUGUGAUGAGGUUUGGUUGAGCUCUGAGGCGAACACCUGCUCCUCCAAUGUCCUGACAAUGUCCUUUUGCAACACAUAGCACAAGGGGACACUCACCAGUCUAAAUGAGGUAACAGCUGUUAUCAGCUGUAUCUACAUUAUAAUCUUAUAGAUAUGAUUAUCAAUAAUUUUAUAUAUAAUCUUUGGCACUAAUACAGUCUGCAUUAUAGCUCUCAUAAGCAACUUUCGGUUUGUGACAAUUUUGGCAUCCUCUGUGGACAAAGCAGUCUCAGCUUGUCUUGUCUUUUAUAUGUUUAAGGAAUUGAUUCAUGUACAGUACAUGUUAGCAUUUACUAUAAAGGCAUGUUUGUUUUAGCAGACUUGUGCUUUGGAAAAUAGACUGUUGGAAGGGAUACUGGUCUUGAACGCACCUCUGCAGACCAACUGUAUUCAUACACUUGCACACGCCACUUUGUCCGUAGGAGUCACCACAUUAGUCCAAACUGAAAGUUCUUCUCGGGGCGUGUUUAAGCCUUUGUUGUUGACUCUAAGUUGCAGCUAACCCACAGUGGUAAACACUUUUCUGUGUGGCUCAACAGUCCUCUUCCUGAACACUAACUGGUAACAGGAUUUCUAUGUUGGUAAUAUCUCCAUUUGCUGCUUUCUCUAUUGUCUCCGCUUGUCUGUGGAUCCAAGUGUAUCAUGAUGAAGUGUGAGUUGAUGAUAUUGAGCAGCAGUUGAUCGUACUUCAAUUAUUGAAAAAUAAAGGAGAGAUGCCAAAGGAGAAGGAAUAUACAGAUACUGAAUACAAGACAGCAGCAAUAUACCAGAAAUGUUGUAAAUGCAGGAAAUGCAACAAGACUCAGCAAACUAAUCACAGGACAGGACAGGUGGUCAGUGUUGUUUCAAAAUUUAGGUGCUGUGUGAACCUAUGCUUCGUCAUAAAUUCAACUCAAAAGUGUAUAAACCAGGCUGAAGGACUGUUAAGGAAAAGAAAAUGUCAUAAAUUGACAGGGACAAGGCAGAAAAAUGCAAUCAGAUAAAGUGCAGAUUCAUGCAAACUUGUUUUCCUAGUUUUACUUCACUGUCAUUAGAAAUGUAAAAUUUAAGGACAACGACGUUAGCUUAAUAUAAAGGGAUAUUCCGGACUACAGUUGGGUGAUGCAGCUCAAGGAAGAACAUUUAUGAUCAUUUCUUCAUGGAAAUGCAAUCAGACUGAGACGCUAAGGCAGAAGAACUACUGCGUCUGCAGUGCAAAAUGAUUGAUAUGAUGAUUAUUACUUUAAGGAAAUGAUAAAGUAAUGAUCAUAAAUGUUCUUCAUUGAGCUGCGUCACCCCGCAGUAGUCCGUAAUGGACUGGCUUGAGGUCUCACUACAAACAAGCGGCUGCUGGAAGAGAGUAGGUGAGUUGUGUUUAGUCUCUUUGCUAAAGAAAUUAGGCAAAGUUAAAAAGAUGUUUGUUGGCUAGUACUAUGGCUAGGUCCCUAUAUGUACUGUUGAUGAAGUUAGGUGCUGUUCUGAGCAUUAUUUGUGGCUAUAGAGUGGCUUUUUGGUUGCAGUUUGUUUAUGGCUCCUCAGAUCACUGUGUAUUGCUAUCCUGCGGUCAUCACUGAAGUUGGUAUAACUAGAAAAGCAAGCGGUUGGCAACAUUCAUCUCUCGACAGGGUGUCUAACUCUGUGUUACAAUGUAUUUUACUCUAAAUUAAUUUUACCCCAGAAUAUCCCUUUAAGGCGUCUGUUUGCCAUUACUUUCAAGGCGGCUCAAACUGUGAUGGCAUGUAAUGAACAACAGUAUUUUUAACAGAAAUAUAAUUUAUUCAGAUUAAUAAAAUCAUGUCUUCAUCAAGAUUUGGUUUAUUUGGUAUGAAGUCCUGUAAUUAUCAGGAUAAGACCUGAUUUGGGGUUUUUCACACAGUUCAGUUGGCAGCAUCCCAACUUUACACCCCCAUAAAGAUUACCGCACCAUCAGGUGUUCAGACAAAUACCAGUGUUAAAUAAAUCCAGAACUCCUCUCCACUCUAAUCCAGCCUGGGUCAGUAAGUCUACACACCCACAGACCUUACUCCACCAUGCUUUAUCACUUUGGACCUGCUAAUCCCGCUACCCAGAGAGCUCAGCUGUCCCAUACAUCACUACCCAUGACACUAAAUCCUCAGUUUGAGAGGAAGCCGCCUUUCCAACACCUGUCCUACUCCAAUGCUUUACAACUGAACAACUGGCUUUACUUCAGAACAGCUCAAUAAAAUACAACCUGGAGCGGGAGUGCAGACAGUGAGGAUGAGGAUGAAAUACGGAGGAUGAAGUAUGAAAGAGAGAUUGCAGAACCAGAAAAGGGCAGAUUUAGUAGACACAAAGUCACAAAGUAAGAUGAAGAUACAGACAUGGAACAGUUUGUUUGUGUCAGACUUUGGCAGUGCGUUUUUUUACUCUAAGUUAAUUUGCCAGAUAAAGCUUAAAGGCACAGAAACAAACAGUCACGCUGAAAACAGGCUAAAUUCUCAGAUCUAGGACACAGAGACCAUGUGACUGUAAAAUACUCUCCAGUCAGUCAAAUCAUUUUAUGUGUCCGUGCGCAUACACACACAUGAACGGGGUGUUGUUGUUUUCAGGCUCAGCUCAGAAGGUUUUUAGGCUGGAUUAUCCUCAGGGGGGCAGGCUCAGUGAUCAUUAAAACCACUCAGUAUUGAUCUGUCACAGGAGCAUCCUCCGCAGUCUCUGUCCUUGAGAGCAUCUCGGAUCAGAUUCCUGGAAAAAAACGAACUCUGAAGUCCUCUGAGCCUGGUGCAAAUAAAAGUUUUUGUUCAAAAGCAAAGGGCCUUAGAGUAAGUAUGAUUUCACUUGAUGUGUAAUGAUGGUGGUCUAGAUGAGGGAAAAUUUGAGCAACCACAUUUCCAAACAAACAGGAGAGCCUGUUAGAGCUCAAGGUGCCACAUUUCUGUCCACAGCCAAGAUGGUCGUUUCACCCAAACUGUGAAGCCAGAAACUAAAAUGAGGUGUUAGCAAGCUACACGAGUUACACUGAUGGGAAUUAUUGUUGUUUGGACAUGGACAGUCCACACUUGAUGUAGACAAAAGUAUAACUCUUGGUGAAAGUCUGCCUCUCUGCCCGAAUACAAAGGGUGGAGGACCAGAGUGGAAACUUCACCGCACAGUUUGCUUUAUUUAUGUGGAAAAUCACAUCUUCAGGGUAGCAAAAAGCACAACCCCUCUGACGGCCCGAACAACAUUUGCUGACAUUGUCGUGCUGUAGAUGAAAAACAGCGUUUGUUUGCGUGUGUGUGAUCAAUAGUGGAGUCAAUAAAUACCAUUGAUGUGGGAUUCAAAGUGGGAUAGAAAAGAUAAGUGAGACAAGAAAACUGAUUUUCAUAUUCAUGAUUACUGACCAUGUUUGUCAAAACAAAAAACCAUCUGCAGUUAGUUUUGGUUAUAACCGGAGAGAAAGGAGCAGGAGUCGAGUUUACAGUCAGUUUUUAUUAGGGUUUGGUCAGAGGAAAAGCCUGCAUACACGAGUCCUCACAGAGUAAAACAAGGAUCCUUUAUUUGUUGGGUUUCUUUUUCAAUGUGUUUAUAAUAACUGGUUUUACCAACACAAGUCUGUUUAUCCCUUUUUAUAGUUGAUGGGGUCCUUUGUUCUGGCUGUGGGACUGUGGCUGCGUUUUGAUCCAGAAACUGUGUCUCUGCUCAACGGUGACAAGGCUCCAGACACUUUCUUCAUCGGUGAGUACAAAAUCACUCCCCAAAUAGACACUUUAAUUUCUCUUUCUUCAAUAUUAUUAUGACUUCAGGGAACAUAAAUUGCAAUACUUAGACUAGAGCUGUCAGGAUAUCAGAUUUUCACCAAGUGUCAACCUCUGAUCUUGAGAAAUGAAGCCAUUGAGGGAGUGCUAAUAGCUUUAGGCUAUCUAUUCAAAAACGUCCACUUUUGGUAUUAAAGUUAAAAGUUUUGCCUAAUUCAAAGCACACUGCAGCUGUUAGUGAGGAAGCUAAAGGCCUGAUUCAAUCCCUUUUUAAUGUGUCUUGCUAGUUUGGCUGAAAGUCGGGCCGAGUCAGUAUUUCCAUUAUCUUAAUAGGCUUCAAAACUCAGCUUCAGAAUGUCACAGAGACUUUGUUGCGUUGGCCAAAAUAAGAGUCACAGUAAUGAUAUAAUUGUGAUAUUAAAAGAAAAUGUUUGGGUCCAAGCUUUUUAUGAUGUUCAAAGUUAGUCUCUGCGACAGAAACUUACAUCAGCUCAGGAAACUUUUUUGGGGUGCUGGCAGAGUACCUCAUUUUUCAUCUUUUAUUUCCUCCGACAUUAUUUACUGGACGAGAAGUCUAGUUUGCUUGAUUUUUGCGUCUUCUUCUGCUGCUCUUAAUUUAUGCAAUUAUUUAGCACAAUAUCAAUGUUGCAAUUAUUAUAAAAUGAUCAUCAGUACCAGUAUAUUAUAACAAACCCUAGCUCAGACUUGAGUAGUGGUUCCAAAUAGAAGUCUGGUUAAUGGGCGCCAACAACCCAACCAAUGUGCAGAGGAUGCGGUCCUUGGAGCAGGUGGCCCUUGAUUGAUUGAAACCAUUGAUUGCUGUAACAAAAAUGACACUUUUUGCUGUCACUGCUUUGUGUCUGUGCUUCAGACCACUUCAAUGAGGUCAUUGAAAGUUUAUUUUCCUGUUUGAAGUUUGCAUUCUUACUCUCUUUGACUUUUAAUAAGUCUGGUUUGAUAUUCCUGCGCUGGGAUUCCUCUCCAACGCUGCAGAGAUAAACCCUUAAACCCCAAAUAUAACUGCGACAAGCACAUGGGCUCAUGGUUUUGUGAUUAUUAGGCUCGUGUGUGCCUUCACACCGGAGAUGAGUGUGAAUAACAGGAAAUGACUGCAGUACAUUGAGCAUAAAUGCACAAGGGAAACCACAGGGCUGCUAACCACCUUUCACUUAGGCUGUCAUCCUGCCCAGAUGGAAAGAAAGAGGAGAUGAAAGGAUGAAGAGGACUAAGUGUGUGGACAGAAAAAAAUUUACAUCGAAGACAAUGAGCACAAUCAAACUGUUGGCAAUCUAUGUGUUGAAAUAUUCACAUGUUUAUAGAAAAAGGAGAAAUGGGAUGUUAAAUAAAAGUUUCAUAGUGUCUCAUGUCAGUCUUUCCUUCUCCCACUCUGUGCCAGUCAGCUAAAUGUCUGUUUUUUAAACAGUCUCCAGACUAAACUAUCCUUCCCCUGAGUGGUGCCUUCGCUGCUUCUCUUACUGUAACUGACAAGGUGGUGUAAUUGCAGACGAGGCGUUGCAUUUUUCUGACUAAAGCCUAAAUCUGGUAUUUCACCACUUUCUCUUGACAUGUCUGUAACCUUAGAUUUGUGAAAUCCUCACGGAGGUUACAAACCUUUGGCCUGUUUUAUAUCAUAGUGUGUAAAGAGACAAACAAGUUCAAGUAGAGAGCAGGUAAAAGUGGAUAAAUGGGUAUAACUCUUGUAGAUCCUCCAUGUUACCAAAUUAAGAACCGAGAAACAUGUCAUUGUUGAUUUUUUGUUUCACUUGGGACAAAAACAAUCAUAUCCUAGAUGUUGGAGAAAUAUCAAGCUUGUGGUUACUUUACAGACACAACCUUGUUUCUGUGUCUGAGGAGACACUGAGAUUUAUUGUCCACACGGUUUGACUCAGGGCGGGUGGCUUCUGUCAGGUCCUCUGAGAGAUCGGUGCCACACAUGUCUUUGACAGUGAGAGUUUCGUCCCCAAAGAUACGACAGAAGGUGCCCAACAGUUGUCAUGCUUUACUCCCAUGGCGCAAUUUUCACUCUAAACUUCUCUCGUCUUUGUUCCUCUAGAGAUUUGUGUGAUUAAAAAAAAAAGGACAACCUCUGACCGAGAUCCAAAGUAAGAAACAGGAGCCCCACUGAGUUGGAAGCAGCAUCUCUCUCUAGCAUACUGAUUGAAGAGUCUAACAUCUUAAGCAAAACCUGACUCUGUUACUGAAUCACAUCAAGUCCUCCUGUUGGCAAGAUCUGUUGAAUCUUUUUAAGUGUCGUCAUUUCUAGUUCCCAGCUGAGCCCUCCUCAAGGGGACUGAGUUGUCUCUCUGCGGUGUUGCCUAGCAACAGGCUCCACCUGUAUGAGUUCACUGAAAGGAUAGCGCUGUUGUUUAACUUCCCCCCUCUAUGAUCUACUUUUCUGAUAAGCUUGUUAAAAAAAAGAGAUCGGAGAGGACAUGAAACAUCUCAUUAAGAGCUGCUUCUAAACCAGGCGAGCGCUAACUAUGCUUUUCAUAAGGCAUGUUCAAUGAGGAGAGGUACUCUGUUCCCAAAUUAACAUGUCAAUGCCCCAACUUCAGCUGUUUACUCGGCUAGUAGCAGAAAAAGUCUAAUAUGUUCAGUGAACUGUGUGAACUGUGCCUAGAAACCCAGAUGAGACUGCUUCUAUUUAAAUGAUAGAAAUAUGCUGCUCCCUGCUGGUGACCAGGAAAACCAGCUGGAAUAAGAGCUGUGGUGGGAAAUCAAACUGCAGAGUGUGAUGUAUGCACACGUUUAGCCUGAUUGGUGUAAGUUAUGUAGAAGGAUAGAUAUAGCACAGUAUUUCAUGUAAAUGAUGUGUUUUUCUCUAUUUCUGCAGGUGUGUAUAUCCUGAUAGGAGCUGGCAGUCUGGUGAUGUUAGUGGGUUUCUUCGGCUGCUGUGGAGCUGUUCGAGAAUCUCAAUGCCUCCUUGGUUCAGUAAGUACUCAAAAGUGAAAACUGAAAAAUUGAGCUGCUUUGAUUUCUGCAUUUUAAAUAAACCAGUUCAAGCAGUCAUGCAGUGAUAUUUGAAAGAACUGCUCUCUUCUUGGUAUCUCUAUUCUUUCUCAGUUCUUUGCAUGUCUGCUGAUCAUCUUUGGUGCUGAAGUGGCCGCAGGAGUAUUUGGAUUCUUAAACAAAGACAAGGUACAGUCAUUACUCAUCCUCUUGUAUAAUACAGUGAGUGUGCAAAAUCCUGAUGCCCUACUUUCACUCACUUUUUCCUCUCUCACACAGAUUAUUGAAGAUGUCCAGACCUUCUACGCAACAACCUACAAUGAAAACAAUAACAGCACCUUGAUCCUUUCAUACCAGAAAGUAGUAAGUUGAACUUUGUUCUAAAUGCAGAAAAAUUAAUGUCAAAAGCUUUUUUUUUUUUUUUUUACAUACUUCCCUUAAAGGUGGGGUAGUCAGGAUCUGAGGAAGUGACAGUUUUUGGGAGAAAUCCUGAAUGUAAACACUACCCCUCCCAACCAGUUUUCCCCUCAGCUUUCUUUAUCUUUAUUCUUUAUUCAUACAGAUCCCCAUCAGCUGCCACCAGAGUAGCAGCUACUCUUCCUGGGGUCCACAAAUAAAACAAACAAUACAAUACAAUACAAUACAAUACAAAACAAUACAAUACAAUACAAUACAAUACAUAAUGCAAUAAAACAUGCACAGUCUUUCAAAAGGUCGUUCAAGACAAUAAAAGUCCAGUAAAAAACUCCUCCUCUCCCCUCCCUCUCUGCUCCAGCAAGCCCCGCCCAGAUAUAAUGCAAAUAAAUACUUCAUAUAAUUACAAAUGGGGCCCAGUUGACGGGAAAGUAAAAAGCAUUGGUGCUACUGUAGAUGCCACCAGACUACCAGAAAACACAAUGUUUGCAGGACUUGUACAACUAGGAUAAAGUGACAUACUCCAGGACCUGAGUUAAACAGUUUAGUGGCGCUACAACACGCAGCAGGUCCCAUUUGACAAGAAACACUGUUACACUUGGCUUACUUUGUUAAAGCGGUUUACCUGUCCAGCAGAAAGAUUACAGGGUCCGCAAGAUCCCGAAGUGUCCCCCAUCAUUGUUGACCCGGCUUCUUAGCUCUUGUCCAGGUGGUCUACCUUCUUUUUAAGCGCCCGUUAUUCUGCCAGAGUCUCCGGUAUUUUCUUCGUUUUCUUGCUUGUGUUGGCAGUCGUGGCUAAAGGAGGAUUCAGACAAUUUUCUGUACUUUCUGGUUGGUUUCUACUGUCCGAUAUUGUAGCACGCUAACUUUGUUUGGGCUCGUGAACGGCACGUGCCUCACAACCAAUAAAGACCAAGGAGCAACGUCCGCCUCUCAACCAAUCAGGUUGGGGGAGGCGGAGAAUGGCUUUGUUUAGUGUCAGAAAGAGCACUCAAAAAUUUUAAAAUGUUGACUUCACAGAUAUAACAGAACACAGUGAUAUCGUUAAAAUACCAAAUGCCAUCAAUAACUAAUAGCUAUUGACUAUAUUAAAAGCUUUUUUGUAUAUACACCACAAAAAAAAAGAUGCUUCUUGAAUGGAAUCCUGCCUAACCCACCUAAAAGACAACUUGUGUUUUUCUGUCCUCUCUUAGCUGAACUGUUGUGGAACCAUAGCGAGCCCCUGUACUGAUCCCAAGCCAGAUACAAAGGUCUGUCACCACCACUAGACACAGACAGAGAUUCAUUUCUGCCCCUUUUUGGUAAGACAAACAAAUUAAGUGCUGCUCUCCUCCUAUCUGUGUUGUGCAGGACUGUGAGACAGGCAUCAAGGACUUCUUCAACAGUAAACUCUUUAUCAUCGGGUAUGUGGGCAUCGGCAUUGCUGGAGUCAUGGUGAGUAUGAGACUAAGAUGAGCUGAAAAUACGUGUGUGAUUUUUUUGCGAAUCAGAUCUGUAUUAUUAAAAAUCAUUUUUCUCUCUGACAGAUUAUUGGGAUGAUCUUCAGUAUGGUGCUCUGUUGUGCUAUUCGCAACAGCAGAGAGGUCAUCUGAGCUGAAUCGUUGGCUUCUACCAAUAACUACUCCCCAGAGACUGUACAGCCUUCAGAUCAAAUGUCAUCCUCUGUCCAAUAUCCAAUAUCCAGUCUGGGUCCAAGAAACCCUAAUGGUGCUCAACCCAGCUGUCCUGGCCUUAUUUUCCACUGUUCUGUUUGAGUUUUGUCUUUAAUCAUCUGCCAUCAAAUCCGUAAUGCACACUCAAGAAUCUGAUCAGUCUCAUAUCCAGUGAGAGUCAGAAUCAUUUCUGAUGUUUACCUGACAAUCUGUCAAAUUUUGUUUUUUCCUUUCUGCCGUUUAACAACCACUACAACAUGUUUAACCCACAUACUGUCACAGUAGUGUCAGUGCUUUCUCACACAGCCUUGACAGUGACCCCAAGGCUGUGGGAAAGUUUAGCCCGAGAGAGAAAUCGGAGGUGAAACCAGCUGAGUUUGCUAUCUGUGCUCGGAAACCAACACACACACACACACACACACUCAUAGACACACAAGCGCAGCAAUGUUGUGUCAUGUGAAACCACAGCCUUAAAAAAGGUUUUCUGGCGUAGUGAAUCAUGAUUGGUUGAAUCAAAGUGGGGUGUCAAGGGAAUGGACGGUAAAUGUUUCGAAAGUGAAUCCCUCAUGCACUCAUAAUCCUGGAUGUGUAGUUUACACAACAAGGUAGAAACAGCACAAACAACAAGGACUGUUUUUUUCUAUGAUUGGAUCCCAGUUAGUUUGCUUCUUUUCGAGUUUUAGAUAAGAAUAUUGAUAGAAAUCCCUUGUCUGGAGGUUAAAUAUGAAGCUAUAGCUGGCAAAGAGUUUGGUAAGCCAAGGUUAGUGUCAAAUCUUGUAACAACACAGCACCACUGAAAGCCCUCUGCUGGCUUUAGCUUCAAUUUUAGAAAACAAAGACAUGAAAGUAACUUCAAUGUUCUUGCAUUUCUCCCAAUAAGACAGUUAGUUUGCAUCUUUCACGAAAUAUCUGACUGUUUCUAAUUAAAAUUGGGUUUUAGUUCACUUUGAAUCUAUCAAAUUUUAUACAUUUUGCUGAUGUGAAAUGUUACAAUCUGUAUGUAACAGUUUCCUUAAAAUGGGAAUUCAUUCAAAAAGUCAUUUAAAAAAAUAUAUAUAUUAAUACAUUUGAGAACAGCUACCAGUAUUCUGCUGUAAUUUUUUGUAAUAACUUGGUGAAAACAUGCCAGAUACCUCGCUAUACUCCUUCUCUUUUUUAAUUGUCGCGCUGAAUGUUAUAUAAAAAAACAGAAAACCCUUUUGUCAGGGAGGAAGUUUUCUUGUUUGGUCAGUUUUCCCCCUCUUUUUAAAGCAAAGUUAACUCUCUUGCAUAAGACGGUACCCCUGAGUCUGUUGAGCGUAUGUUAAGAAGAUCAUGUAGACGAGCUAAACAUAAAACCAGCCUGUCAACUGAAAACAGGCACCGAGCCCGUGAGUUUCAGCCAUCCGACUGAGCCUUUCAUCUCUCUCCCAUUUCCAUCCUUUUUUUCCUCUUUUGUGCCUUAAAACAACAAAACAAAAAUCAGAACCAACCCAUUUCCCUUCUCUUAGCAACCUCAGCUGACAACAACAAGGCUAAAAAAACAUGCCAAACCUGGAAUCACUUACACUAGUCCAGGUUAAUUCCGGCCACGUACUUCAUUUUUCAGGACUCAAGUGUGUAAAUAUGUCAGAUUUUUCUCCUAGUUGUACAUUAUUUUGUAGCUGAUGUGAUACUAUUUAACUUGCUGUGUGUAGACUUCAGUAGUUGUACAGUGUUAUAGUCAUGGCAGUGCUUAUAGUCAGAGCAAAUCCACACAACUGAAACAGCUCCUUUCACGUGCCUUUCUUUGAUAAUGAGCUCUUUUUUUAAACCACAGGCUGUCUGAACGUAGCAGCAGAGUGUAGCAAAGUUAUACUUAUGUUUGUAGAGUUUGACUGUGAUUGAUUGUCACUCACUUUUGAUGAUGAGUAGCAGAUAUGGCUAAAUUUACCACUAUUGUUUUUUUUUUUUUUUGGUGUGUUUUUAUACUUCAUACUCAACUGUGUUGUUCCCACCAAGAGAGCACAUUCAAGACGCUGAAACAAUGUUCUGUCCAAAAAAGUUGAACCGUUGUCAGACUGAUUUUUUUAUAUGUCAUUUAAAGAGGUAUAAGUAAGACAGAGGCAAAGAAUUCGUAAUGUGUGAGGCUGUAAGGAAGCCAGCAGGCUAUGUUUACUCUGUGAAGUGAGGUUUUCACUUCAGACGCUCUGUGGAGUUAAAACGAGAUGAACUGCUGCGACUCAAUCCACAAAGCUGUCAGUCUGUUCCUUAUAUCUGUUCGAGCAAAUCUGUAAAAGUACGGUAUUUUGCACCAAAAAAACACUCUGUACACAGUCAAACCUUUUUUUGUUAUUGAUUUUGUGUUAAUUUAUUUGAAUACCAUUCCAAGCUUCUCAGGAAGAUAGGUGUUUGAAGUUUAAUAAAAGUUCAAGUUUGAAACAG